UCGUCACUCCAGCAGGUGGCGGCACUGCAUCUCGAUGUUUGCGGUAAACCACCAUAGAAGAGGAAGCAGAAGCCGGAGGAGUGUUCGGUGGACGUGUGGCAGGAGCCGGUCACAUUAGUGUGGGGUCUAAAAGGUAAACAGCAGGUGGUGGAGAUGUUGGGGCUGCGGUGCAUCAUGGGUGACCUGCGAGGAGGAGCGGCACUCCGGAGGACAUUUGUGUCUUCGGCGGUGCUGAGUUUGAGGUGGCAGCUAGCACCGCAGGACAGGCUUCCUCAGGCUCGCUUCCUCUCUGGUGAUCGGGACUCGUCGCCGUCAGUAGUGGCUAAAAUGAAGCUGCGGACUCGGCUGCUGGUUACGCUGUUGUUCGGCGGCGGGUUGCUGGGUGUGUGGUGGUUUGUGCACUCAGAGAAACAGCAGAAGCUGCAGCAGCAGCGAGUGGAGCAGCUGCGGCAGGUGGCGCUGGGGCAGGGCACUUUCAGCCUCAUGGACCACACGGGGUGCCGCCGGACGAAGAAGGACUUCCUGGGCAACUGGGUGCUGCUGUACUUUGGCUUCACGCACUGCCCUGACAUCUGCCCCGAAGAGCUGGAAAAGCUAAGCACUGUCGUGAUGACUCUGGACCGCGACGCCUCGCUGCCGCCGGUGCAGCCCCUUUUUAUCACUGUAGACCCAGAGCGGGACGAUGAGGCGGCGCUUGCCCGGUACGUUAAAGACUUCCAUCCCCGGCUGAUUGGGCUGACGGGGACGGUCGAGGAGGUGAAGCACGCAGGGCGGGACUACAGAGUGUACGCCAGCGCCGGGCCCAAAGACGAGGAUGGGGACUACAUUGUGGACCACACUAUCCUCAUCUACCUUGUCAGCCCUGACGGCCUCUUUCUCGACUACUACAACAGGAUGAAGAGUGAUGAGCAGAUCGCCGACAGUGUCCGCAAACACAUCAGAAACUAUGCCACGCUGUGAGCGCUGGCUAUAUAGCAACCAAUUACAGACUGUUUUCAUAACAACCCCACUCACAGCUGGGGGAUAAACUGCUUCUUGUCCUAAAACGGGACACUUCUCCAUGGUAACACAGAACUGUAAACGUGUUUGAAGUGAAAGUUUGUCGAUAAUAACAAUGUAAAAUCCAGAGAGCAUGCUCCCUCACUUCCUGUCUCAGCCUGAUGGUUUCAGUGUGUGUGUGUGUGUGUGUGGGGCCUGGUGUCAGGAGAGGAACACACACAGAUUUCCUGUUUAAGGUGUUCCUCUGUUGACACCUAGACAGACUUCCUGUUCCUCAGACAAGUGAAGCAGUCUGACUGCUUCCAUGUGGAGCUGAGAUGUUUAUCAGGUUAAGUUUACUUCUCUCUUGCUCAGUGUGGAUGAAGUGUGUUUACAGCUGGAAGAAGUGCAUGCUGGGCAUUUCCUCCAGUCUGUCACAUAAAUGGCAGUGGGACAUGCUCUCUGAGAAAGUGUCAGUUUUCAUAGUUAAAGGUCAGAUUGGCCUCAGGGUGUGAGGACCUCGCCGAUUCCUGUGAAGAGGUCAGCGAUAGGGCAGAUCAUGCUGGUCACAUGGAAACUGAUCAGCUGUAAUGUUGCUGUGGAAACAAGUUAUAUUAUGGCGGACUUUAAUGAAGCGUGAGUGACAGACAGGUUCUCGUCAGAAGGUCGUGCGUUUUUGUUUUUUGGCUUCUUGUUACCAUCAGAUUUUCCCCACAGACACAGAGAGUGCAGACAGUGACAAACAUUUUAUUACAAAAAUUCAAUAACAUUGAUCAUCGAUUAAACGUUACAUGAUGAUGUCAGAGCGGCUUGUGCUGCAUUCAGGCCUUCAGCGUGGCAAAUCUGUCCGUCGCUCUGUGCGUGCUCAGUAGAGUCAGAGCCAUUGUGUCCAAACUUCCCUCCAAACUGGCACAACUGUCGAUCUCCACCGUGUAGUCGUUUGCCUGCAGGAAGUAGAGAGUCAUGAUCAGCAACCAAUCAGCUGCAGCCAUCCAUCAACAGGAAGUGAAGACUCAUCAGAACAGACUUUCAACCUUCUGACGGUGUCACUGAUCAAUAAAGUGAUCAGACAGCUGUUCUGUUACUGAUCAGCGAGCUCAUCAGACUCUCGUCUGUCUUUAACCAGCUCAGAGGAUUUAAAGAAAUAAAAGCACCACUUCUGUCAUGGAGGAUUUUCAAAAUAAAACCACCAGACUGA